AUGCCACUGGUUGAUGAACUGUUUGAAGCGCAGCUAGCUAUCUACCUCAACUUGUCAGUUUUGUUGACGCAUUCCGAGACGACCUCAGUAUACGCUAAAGGAUGGAUGCUGUGGUGGCUAACACGUGUAAAAGAGUGGACCGAUCGGCAGUGGUCGGAAGGACGUGAAACAAAAUCGCAAAAGCAGUGUGCUACAUCCAUCAGACUGAUUGAUUGA